CUUUAUGAAUAAAAUUUAAUUUCAUUUAGUAUUGUUAAUAUUCAUAUUUGUCGAGCACAGGUUUUAUAAACAGACAACAUAAAUAAGUUUACAGCAAAAAAAUAAUUUUAAGAUGUCAGCUUUUUCCAGACAGUGUCUGUAGUUAUCAGUACCUGCCCCUUUCAUGAAGUAAAUGUGUGAGUGACAGAGAAGCAGCCAAUAGAAGCAUUGCAGCUCAUCCUGUAACAGUAUGGCAGGAAGCACCAUAUGCACUUCUGUUUCUGUGGUCCUCAUUAUCAGACUGCAGACAUCAAGACUGUUAGUUCAUCUCUGCACAUCUGAAGACAUCACCUCAGUAAAAAGGGGGGGAAGCAGCCUUGAAGUUUACGUGGUUGGAAGAGCCAUCACUGAGAUAUCACCAUGUCAGGAGAGAACGUCACAGAGAACACCACAAUGUACGAUUACAGCAGUUACUUUACUGACUACGAAGACUACGGUCCUAAAAACUAUAGUGAUGUAAGGAAGUUCAUCCAAGUGUUUCUGGCCACACUCUACAGUUUGGUUUUCAUCCUGGGAUUCAUAGGUAAUGCACUAGUGGUGUGUGUCCUGGUGAAGCACCGCAAUCAGAGCAACUUGACAGACAUCUGCCUCUUCAACCUGGCUCUCUCUGACCUCCUCUUCGUCUUCACGCUGCCUUUCUACUCUCACUAUGCCAGGGUGGGCCAGUGGACUUUUGGAGACUUCAUGUGCCGUUUAAUCUCCGGCUCUCACCAGACUGGCUUCUUCAGCAGCAUCUUCUUCAUGGUCGCCAUGACGCUGGACCGCUACAUGAUCAUCGUGCACGCUCACAGGGUUGCUCGUUAUCGUACGAUGAGGGCAGCCAUCAUUCUGACUGUGCUCGUUUGGAUGCUGAGCUUGUUUGUGUCUCUGCCGGAUUUUAUCUUCAUAGAGGAAACAGAAGAUUCCCACGGGUUGGAGUGUGACUAUCCCCAGGAGAGCAAAGUCUGGGAGCGCUAUGACCUGUUCACAAUAAAUGUGCUGGGUCUCGUGAUUCCCUUGUUGGUGAUGGUAGGUUGCUACUCCAGGAUCAUCCCCACGCUGGUGACCAUGAGGACCACAAAGAAGCACCGCAUAGUCAAGUUGAUCAUCUGUAUAGUGGUUGUAUUUUUCUUUCUCUGGGCCCCAUACAACAUUUCCCGUUUCUUGAAAUAUCUCCAGGAAAGAAAAAUAAUCCCAAGCGAUCACACCUGGUACAAAAAUGUAAGGAUGUCAGUAACAGUGACCCAGGCCUUUGCUUACACGCACUGCUGCCUGAACCCCAUCAUAUAUGCUUUUGUGGGAGAGAAGUUUAUGAGAAGAGCCUUGCAGCUGCUGAAAAAGUUGGUGCCUGGUUACGGCCGAGAUUUGUCUGACAGCACAUUCGGAAGAAGCACAGUCAUGUCCAGGUCCUCUGAAGUCACCUCCACUUUCAUCAUGUAAAAGGUGGAGGGCGGUUGUAAUUAGUUUGGCAUCAAUGUUUCACCCUGUUAUUAUUGCAGACCUUGUCUUAUUCAUGUUGCAGUGAUGUGUUUUGUUCAUUUGGUCACUUCUUUUUACAUCAUCAAAGCCCCUUUGAAGUGGAAUAUUUUUUUUU